AUAUGUAACAGAGAAGAAGGAAUUCUCAGCUUUUGUCUCGGGCUGCAGCACACACGCAAUAGUCAGCAUGACAGGAUCACACAGCAUGCAGUAUAUCGGACUUAUGCUGCUGGCUGCAAUUCUCCUGCAGACGAUAGCCGUGGCCGUGACCUUCAUAUAUUUCAGCAACGUCCUGUCGACGAUGAAAGAAACUUUCUCCAAGAGCAGUGUUUCGUGUUUGAUGCGUGCAAACCUGAGGACCAUAAAGGGUCAGGAGUUAAACGCGGCGGAGGGAAAAGACGACCCCUGCUGGCAGGUCACGCAACAGCUACACUUUCUCAUUGAAAAGUCAAUGUCCAGUCGUUAUCAAAAAGAAAUUUCAUCAGCAGUUAAAGAUGAAGUCUCCAGAGUACUUCCUUCAUUGGUGGUCCAAGACCAAGACGAUUCCCCUCGGCCUAAGAUUGCAGCACAUGUGACAGGCAGUUAUAUACCAGAGACAGAAAAGUCAGGAGGUCUGCCGAACAGGAAGGUCUACGGUCAGAAGAUUCAAUCGUGGGAGUCCGAAAAGGGUUUGGCUUUUCUCCAGAACGUUGAGCUGAGUGACGGGGAGCUGGUGGUACCGCAGGCGGGCCUGUAUUACAUCUACUCCCAAACUUACUUCAGACACACACUUAUAGAAGAAGAGGAUAAUGAUAAGGAGGAAGAGGAGGCCACGUCCGGCGAGUCGGUCUGGGGGAAACCCAUGUUGCAGUAUGUGUAUAAAAAAGUGAGUUCGUACCCGGUGCCCAUACUGCUGAUGAAGAACGCUCGGACGACCUGCUGGUCACGUGACACAGAAUACGGCCUGUACUCUAUCUAUCAAGCGGGCCUUUUUCAGCUCGGAGGGGGGGAUAGGGUGUUUGUGACCGUCAGCAACGUAAGCACUAUCGACAUGGAUGAAAAGUCAAGCUUUUUCGGUGCGUUCUUGGUCAGCUAGACACACAGAAAGUGGUGCGCAAUGGAAAAAGCGCACUUCUAGAGGAUGAGCGACAAGACUCAGCUUGCUUGGCAUUUUUACCUGAGCUGUCUUUUGAAAGGCAGCCAAGUGCCUUUAAACAUUUGGAUGUGCUUGCCGAGAUGCACCGUCUCCUGCCCAAACAGUUAACCGUGAUUGAUGAGAUCUCUGAACGGUGCAAAUAUUUGCCGCUUCUUUAUGCUCGGCCAGUGGGUUCAAUCAUAAAUCAGUUUCUUAGUGAAAAGUGUGAAGCAAUGCGCCCAGCGAAAGGUGUUUGAACUCAUCACCUAUGCCUGGAGGGGGCGAAGAAAAGUGCGGGCUUGCCAGGGUGUUUGGAAGCAAGUUGUUUGGACGUGGCAGGAAAAGGAAGGUGUGAUUUUUUAGGAUGAGCUGCAGGGUUUUCCUGCUGGCUUUCAUCCUUUUUGGACCUGUGACCUCAUGUAGCAUUGAAAACAAAAUGGGAUGUUGAAAUACACGUGGAGAGACUAUUUUUUACUUUGAUGACCUAGACUUACGCACUUCUUUCUGAAUCAUGCAUUGAUUGUACUUGUUUGUGAUACUUGUCAGUAUAUGCACUACUAUUGUGCGUUUGUAUAGUGUGUAUUGUUUUUUAUUACAUCAUCAUUAAUUUCAAAGGACCAUCGGCACUCCUGUCUUUCUAAAAACAUGAAUCUGCGACUUAAAUGUGAAAAUCACUGUGACAUUGUAUAAUGGUAAAUUGUCUUGUACAUAAUUUCUUUUGUAUAUACCCGUGUCAAACAUAUACUGAGAAAUGUCCAUAACCUGACACUACAAUAAAUAAAGUCCUGGAUGUUGUCUGACUUUUUUGCUAAAAUAUACAAAUACAAUUGCUAUCUUAAAUACUGUUAUUCAACCGCAGACCGUUUCACUUUUUCCUAUAACAUGUGCUUAAAUGUAAACUGCUAGGCUAUUUCAAAUGUUUGCGUUAUCCACUGGAAUAAUCCGACUAUUUUUGAAGCUGUUCAUUUAUCAAACUCUGUAAAGUUCAAAUUUUGUUUCAUGUUAUGGCAUCACGAAUAAAAAUUUUAGAUAAAGUAAA